AUGAGAAGUCCUGUAAUUUUAAUGAAUAUGAAUUCAAAACGACAAUUGGGUCGAAAAGCACAAUUAUCUAAUAUUUAUUCUGCCAAAAAUGUAGCUGAUAUUGUUCGAACAUGUUUAGGACCCAAUGCAAUGUUAAAAAUGAUACUUGAUCCAAUGGGAGGAGUACUUCUUACAAAUGAUGGACAUGCAAUUCUUCGAGAAAUAGAGGUUGCACAUCCAGCUGCAAAGUCUAUGAUCGAAUUAAGUCGAACUCAAGAUGAAGAAGUCGGUGAUGGAACGACUACUGUUAUUAUAUUGGCCGGCGAAUUUUUAAUUCAUGCUCUUCCACACCUUGAACGAAAUAUUCAUCCAGUUGUUAUAAUAUCAGCAUUUAAACAUGCGCUUGCAGAUGCUUUAGACAUAAUUGAGGAAAUUUCACAAAAAGUGAAUGUAAGAAAUGAUAAAGAGAUGUUUGAGCUUAUAAAAACGUCUAUUGGGACAAAAUUUACAAGUCGCUGGAGUGAUUUAAUGUGCAAUCUUGCCCUAAAAGCAGUGCGUAUUGUCGAAAACAAUAUUGAUGGAAAACAUGAAAUAGAUAUUAAGCGAUAUGCAAGAGUUGAAAAAGUCCCAGGGGGAGAAAUCGAAGAGAGCGUUGUUUUAGAUGGUGUUAUGUUGAAUAAAGAUGUUACUCAUCCUAAAAUGAGAAGAAAAAUUGAAAAUCCUAGAAUUAUACUUUUAGAUUGUUCUUUAGAAUAUAAAAAAGGGGAAUCACAAACAAGUAUUGAAAUAACUAAAGAAGAUGAUUGGAAUAGGAUCUUGCAAAUUGAAGAAGAACAAGUAUCACAAAUGUGUGAAUCAAUUCUAGCUUUUAAUCCAGAUAUUGUUUUUACUGAAAAAGGUAUAUCAGAUCUUGCUCAGCAUUAUUUUUUAAAAGCAAACGUUACUGCUAUUCGUCGAGUUCGGAAGUCUGACAAUAACAGAAUUGCUCGUGCUACGGGUGCUACUAUUGUAAACCGUAUAGAAAAUCUUCGUGAGUGCGAUGUAGGUAAAGAUUGUGGAGAUUUUGAAAUAACCAAAAUCGGCGAUGAAUAUUAUACUUUUUUAACUAAAUGUAAAAAUCCUAAAGCAUGUACUAUUUUACUUCGCGGUCCUUCUAAAGAUAUUAUCAACGAAGUUGAACGCAACUUACAAGAUGCAAUGUCUGUUACUCGAAAUGUUUUUCUUCAUCCAAAACUUUCUCCUGGUGGUGGUGCAACAGAAAUGGCAAUUAGUGUUAAAUUAUCGAAUAAAGCGAAAUUUAUUGAAGGAGUGGAACAAUGGCCUUAUAGAAGUAUUGGUCAAGCGAUGGAAAUUAUUCCUCGAACAUUAGUGCAAAAUUGUGGUGUAAACCCUGUAAAAGUAUUGACACAAUUAAGAGCAAAACAUGUCAAUGGACAGCAUUCAUGGGGAGUGGAUGGUGAAACUGGAAAAUUGGUAGAUAUGUGUUCUCAUGGUGUAUGGGAGCCACAAGCUGUAAAAUUACAAUCUAUAAAAACUGCUAUUGAAAGUGCUUGUCUUCUUUUAAGAAUAGAUGAUAUUGUUAGUGGUAUUGGGAAAUCUAAAGAAAAAGGAAAUUCUGUAGCGGAUGUACAUAACAUUUCUGAAAAGAAUGGUAUUGAAGAUCAAGGCGAAUAA